AUGGAAUAUCAAGACACCUCCAGUGGCAGCACCGCACCGCGCAAAGAUGUACCUAAAGAUGCGCACGACUGGUCUCAUCUUUUCAGUGCCGAGAGCGCGUCGAGAAAGGACUCCGUAAUGCAAGCAAUGCAUGGGAUUUUGGCCAAGCCAGGCAUUCGGUCCCUCGGCCCUGGUGCGCCUUCCACAGAAUACUUCCCCUUCUACGGCAUCGACUUUGAGGUCGGCUCGACGGACGCCUUCGAGACCGUCGGCAAGAAGAUCCCUGACACAACGACCUCCAUCCACGUUGGUAAGCAUGACAGCACGACCGGAGCCAGUAUCUAUGACCUGGCAAUCGGGCUGCAGUACGGACUAGGCACAGGUUCCAAGCAGCUAGUCAAGUUCUUGACGGAACAUGUCCAGCUCAUCCACAACCCCCCCUACCGCAAUUGGCAAACUAUCCUCAGUGCUGGUAACACCUCCGCCUUUGAGAUUGUCCUGCGUAUGCUCGGCCAGACCGGUGAGCACCUGCUCGUCGAGCAGCACACCUACGCGACCGUUUUCGAGACCGGGCUUCCACUCGGCUAUCGGUUCACCCAGGUGCGCAUGGACAAAGACGGCCUGUUACCUGACGACCUUGACCUCGUCCUUUCAACCUGGGAUGAGUCCGCUCGCGGUGGCAGGAAACCCCGUCUGCUGUACACCAUUCCGACAGGCCAGAACCCCACAGGUAUUACGCAGCCCCUCCCCCGUCGACAGGCCAUCUACCGGGUUGCCCAGAAGCACGACCUGUUCAUAGUCGAAGACGACCCUUACUACUUCAUCCAGAUGCCGGUCUACCACCCCGAUGGGGCCGGCACAGUCACCCCCGCUCCCAUUACCUCGGUAGAGAAAUACGCAGAGACCCUGGUCCCCAGCUACCUCCGCCUAGACACAGACGGCCGCGUCCUGCGAAUGGAUUCCUUUUCAAAGAUCAUCGCGCCGGGCGCGCGCAUGGGCUGGGUGACAGCGUCGGAGCAGGUCAUUGAGCGGAUGGUCCGCGCACAUGAGGUCUCUGUGCAGAAUCCGAGUGGAUUCUCGCAGAUCGCCUUGUUCAAGCUGCUUCAUGAUAGCUGGGGACAUCUGGGAUUUUUCAAAUGGCUAGCACAUCUGCAGGGCGAGUAUACAAAGCGGCGGGACGGGUUGUUCGAAGCUUGUGAUGCUUUCUUGCCGCGCGAGAUUGUUAGCUGGGUGCCGCCUACCAGUGGAUUUUUCGCUUGGAUCUCCGUCGACUGGACUCAGCAUCCCCAGGCGAGUAGUAAAUCCACGCUGCAGAUCGAGAAGGAGGUCUACGAUGCGGCCAUAGAGUGUGGAGCACUGGUUGUGCCGGGGAGCUGGUUUUUGCCGGAUGAGGGGAGGGGAGGUAUGGAAGGAGUGUUUUUCCGCAUGACCUAUGCGGCUGCUUCGGCGGAAGAUAUGAGGGAGGCGAUUCGACGUCUAGGGAUGACGCUACGCGGAAUUUUCAAGUUGGAGACGACGGGUGGAACUUUAGAGUCGCGAUUGUAA